GGAUCAGGACCUUCGAUUUAGGUGUUCUAGGUUUGCAUCAUCGACGUAUUCUCCAAAUUCGUGGAAACCCCAACGAGAAACGGGGGGAAAAAAAACCCGAACUACGAAAUCUUCUGUGGAACCUUUGAAGAGAAUUAAGAGAGGGGUUAAAAGGGACGACGAUGUGUUGAUUACAGAUGACGAAAACCUCGACGGGCGGCUCGUUUUGUGAGGUGGUGUGCUUCGUUUUCGCUGUUAGAUCUUCUUCUUCUUCUUCUUGAAUCCCGCAGUCUCUCUGAGGUCAAAAAGUCCCCAAAUUCACUGAACUCGCCGUUUCUUUCUGCGAUUCUUUGCAAGAUCUGGGGAGGUAACUCUCUGAAAUUUCACUUUCCCCGUCUGUUUUUCUCCCUCGGAAUCUGGGUGUUUUCAUGGUUCGUUCUAUGUAUACCCAUGUCUCGUUUUGAGGAAUUUGUUCGGGUUAAAUUGUAAAAUUUUUGUCCUUUUUAUGUUUUGGGGUUCUUGAGUAAGUUUGAGCUGUACCCAGAUGUUUUCCAUGGACGAACACAAGGAGGAAGGUGAGUUUGUCCGUAAUUGCGAGGAGUCUGUGAAAAGUGAAACCCUAGGUGGUAAGGUUGAUGUUCCGUUGAAAGACUCUAACGGGGAUGCUAAUACAGCAGAGGGUUCAGAUUCUGGUGUUUGUAAUAGCGGUGACUUGGGUAAUGGAACUGGCGGAGGUGGAGAGAACCAUGGUGAUGAUGGGUCGGGGACUGAGACAGGAAGCUUAGAAAUGGAAGAUAGUGAUAAGGAUGAUUCAGUUUCUGACGAGAAAACAGAUAAGGCAGAUGUAGAAAAAGCUGAGGAGACGGGUGUUUCUGUGGCGAAUCUGGAAACUGAGAACGAGGAUGUUGGGCAUGAUGAUGAUGAUUCAGAAGGAACCGAGAAGAUGGUUAGCUCUGCUGAGGUUGAAACGAGGGAGGCUAUUGCGGAGCCAAUGAAUGAGAGAGGGGAUGCAGAGUCUUGUGAUGAUGCUGAAAGUGGUGAGAAAUUGGGUACCUCUGUUGAAGCUGAAAUAAUAGACGACACAGUGACGCCAGAGACUGAGAGGAGAAGUGGUGAAGUUGGGAGCGAAGUGAAUGUUGUUGAGAAAGCAAAGUGUGAUGUUGAGGUUAAAAACGGUGGUGCAAGUGAUGUUGGGGAAACCGAAAUUGUUGAUGCAGAUAAAUGUUCAGAUGCUGCAGAGAAAGUUUCGUUACAAAAGAGUGAUGAUAAUGACAAAAUGGAUGUUGAUAGUGAAGAUAUGAUUAGCAAGGUCGAGGAUGAGAAAGUAUGUCCUUCACGUGAUGAACAGAAAAAUCUCGAGUCCGAGACAUUAGAUGUUAAGCCUUCAGAACAUGUGCAUGCUCUGGAGGAGCCGGACCAAGUGACAAAAGGGGAAACUGCUGCAGUUGUAGACAGGGCGGAUCUGAAAGUGCAAGAGAGUAGCUCUGCUGCAGAAACAUGUUCUGAAGAACCAACUGCUGCCAUGAAUCAGAAAGAAGAAAAAGGAGAAGCCAUGGAAAUUGAUUCUGUUGACGGGGAACAUGUGAAAGAGGUUGACCAACUUGGUGGUGAUGCAGAAAAUGCUGGCGAGGAAUCUACCGAUGCAAGUACGGUAGAAACCCAAGAUGUUCCAGCGGGUGAAGCUGACCAGGAAGAUUCCAAUGUUGAAAAGAGCACAGAAACUGAUAAAGAGGAACAAAGGGAUAAGGAUGUUACAAUUGUGGAUGUUACAGAUAAAAUCAUAUCUAAAGAUUCAACAGACCCGGGCAAUCCAAUUGAAGAUGCUUCUACAGGCAAUAUUCAAGAAAUAAGAACUGACACUGGGAAUGUAUCUGGGGAAGUUACUGACACAAAUAAGGAAGUAUCCCACCAAACACACAAUUGUGGUACAGAAUCUCCAGCUUCUGCUGCAGAUCAUCUGGAAGAUACUUGUGAUGCAGAUUUGGUUUCUUCGGUAGUUGAAGAAAACCGAGAAGAGAAAGAUACUGUAGUACAAAGAGAUGUGGUCGCAGAGCAAAAGGGUGAUGCAAAUGAAGCUCCUGAUGUUGAUAUGGAAAUGGCAGAGAAACUCGAGGCUUCUGAACAUGACGAUGGAACUGAUUCCAUUACUAAAACUAAAGGUGUGAAACGGAAGGCUGAUGAUGUCUUGGGCGAAGAUUCAUCACAAGAAGUUAGGAAGACCAUUUCAGUGGCGAAGGUGUCUGUUAGCCCUUCUCACCCCCAGAAGCCAUCCUUUAAGAUCGGUGCAUGCAUAGCCAGAGCUGCUAGCCAGAUGGCUGGCCCUCCUUCAGUUUUAAAGGGUAGUACUUUCGGUGAUGAUCUUUCUGUGGAUAAUUUUCUACUACAGCUUCAGUCUGCAGCAACAGACCCAGCCCAAGAAAAUGUUGUUUCUGAGAUUGCUGCUGGAUUUUUCUUAGACUACAGAAGCUCGGUGGUAUCGCUGCAGCCACCCCCAGAUAAAGUGAGCGGUAAAAAAGGUAGACAGUCCAAUUCUAGUAUAGGAGGAACUGAAGCAUUUGAGUUUGAGGAAAUGAGUGACACGUACUGGACUGACAGGGUGAUCCAUAAUGGCGGUGAGGAGCAAAUUCCACCCGCUGAAAAAGGAGAUUAUCAAAUUGUGCCGGUUGAGUUGAAACCUGCUCAGAUUCAAAGGAGUCGUCGGCCAUACACCAAAAGGAAACAUGCUGAGAAUAAUAAUAGUAAUAAAAACUCGCUUUCAGCCUCUGACAAAUCAGCGGGCUUUGACGAGAAUGCACCGGCUGAGCUGAUAAUGAACUUCUCCGAAAUGGAUACAUUACCUUCAGAGAUUAGCCUGAAUAAAAUGUUUAGGCACUUUGGACCGAUACGGGAAUCUAAGACAGAAGUAGACAGGGAUACCAGCAGGGCGAGAGUAGUUUUCAAGAAGUGUGCCGAUGCUGAGGUUGCUUACAAUAGCGCAGGAAGGUUCAAUAUCUUCGGGACAAAGGUUGUGAAUUACGGUCUCAGCUAUACAAUUACAGAACCAUUUAAAAUUCAGCCUUAUAUCGUGUCCUUAGGCGAGGAGGACAGAGCCCUCUGUCUUCCAUCUGAAAGUUAGGUUCCUCAGCCAUGGUUCAGGAGGAGAAUCUGGAGAAUCCCAGAGGAGGGUAAAACGAAAUCAGGAUACAUGGAAGACAGUAGCUGUUGCUUUACCAUUGUAUUUUUUUUAGGGUUCUAGGGUUUUUAGUUUGUUGCAACCAAACCAAACCAUGUUGAGGAAACACACCUGUCCGAGAUGUGUAUUGUUUGUUAGAGACUUUUUUUUCUUUAAAUGUCUGUUUUUUUUAUUAGGUCGUUCUCAUGUUUCUUUGGGACCAAUGUUGUCUACAUGUUCUUAGCUUUUUUCUCUUA